GCGGGAGAUUCCAGCAUGGCGGUGCAACCAAAGCAGAACCUGUCUAUGGACAGUGCCUCCGAAGCGGGUUUCUUAAGCUUUUUUUUCUCUAUGCGAAAACCAGACACGACGUUCCGGAUUUUUGAUCGCAACGAUUACUAUACUGUACAUGGAAAAGAUGCCAUUUAUGCAGCAAAAGAAGUUUUCAAGACUAAUGGAGUUAUCAAAAAUCUCGGAUCAGGGAGCAAGAAACUUGAGAGCGUGGUUCUCAGUAAAAUGAACUUCGAGUCUUUUGUGCGAGAUCUGCUCCUGGUUCGCCAGUACCGCGUCGAGGUCUACAGGAACAAGGCUGGCGGCAAGAAAGAGAACGAUUGGCAGAUAGAAUACAAGGCUUCACCAGGAAAUUUGGCUCAGUUCGAGGAGAUCCUGUUUGGUGGCGGUGGGGCCCCAGGAGAGGGUGUAGCGGGAGUGGUCGGGAUUCGUGUGGGCUCCGGGCCGGACGGACAGCGAGUGGUGGGCGUGGGUUACGUUGACUCCAUCCUCAGGAAAGUCGGCGUUUGUGAGUUCCCCGACAACGAUCAGUUCUCCAACCUGGAGGCCCUGCUGGUGCAGAUCGGGCCCAAGGAGUGUGUGCUGCCCGUGGGGGACGCAGGGGGAGACGCUGGCAAGAUGAGACAGGUUGUCCUGCGAGGUGGCGUCCUCUUGUCAGAUAGGAAGAAGUCAGAGUUCACCACAAAGGACAUUGUACAGGAUCUGGACAGACUGCUGAGAGCACGCAAGGGUGAGAGUGUGUCCAGUGCUGCCCUGCCAGAGAUGGAGAAACAGAUUGCCGUGUCCUGCCUGGCAGCGGUCAUCAAGUAUCUGGAGCUCCUGUCUGAUGAAGCCAACUUCAACUCCUACAAGAUAACGUCCUUUGACCUGCAUCAGUUCAUGCGUCUGGAUAAUGCUGCUGUGAAUGCACUCAACCUGUUCCCUGGGUCGGACUCAACGGUAGCCUCCCACUCCCUCUCGGGGCUUCUGAACAGGUGCAGGACCCCCCAAGGCCAACGCCUGGUUAACCAGUGGAUCAAGCAGCCCCUGAUUGACAAGAAUAAGAUUGAGGAGAGACUGGAUCUUGUGGAAAGCUUCAUGGAGGACUCUGAGCUGAGGCAGAGCUGUCAGGAGGACUUGCUCCGGCGCUUCCCUGACCUCAACCGUCUGGCCAAGAAGUUCCAGAGGCACAGUGCUACCCUGCAGGACUGCUACCGUGCCUACCAGGCUGUGGGUCAUCUACCUGCACUGGUCCUGGCCCUGCAGCGCUAUAAUGGAAAACAUGAGGUCCUCUUGAGUGCAGUUUUUAUCACUCCGCUCAACGACCUCGUCUUGGAUUUCUCCAAGUUCCAGGAUAUGAUUGAAACCACGCUGGACAUGAACCAGAUUGAGCACCAUGAGUUCCUGGUGAAGCCGUCAUUUGACCCGACUCUGAGCGAGCUGAGGGAGAGCAUGGACAAGCUGGAGAAGGGCAUGCAGGCCGUGCUGACCAGUGGUGCCAAGGAACUGGGUCUGGAUGCUGGAAAGACUAUGAAGCUGGAGUCGAAUGCUCAACACGGCUACUUUUUCAGAGUGACCUGCAAGGAAGAGAAGGGUCUGAGGAACAACAAGAAGUUCACCACACUGGACGUGCAGAAGAAUGGAGUGCGCUUCACAAACAGCAAACUGAGCUCUCUAAAUGAAGAGUACACUAAGAGCCGAGAGGAGUACGAAGAGGCCCAGAAUGCCAUUGUUAAGGAGAUCCUCGGCAUUGCUUCAGGUUACUUGGACCCUCUGCACACUCUGAAUGAGGUGAUCGCACAGCUGGACGCAGUCGUAAGCUUUGCGCUGGUGUCCCACGCUGCCCCAGUGCCGUAUGUGCGUCCACGCAUGCUGGAGAAGGGCUCAGGCCGCCUGCUGCUCAAGGGGUCACGCCACCCCUGCGUGGAAGCACAGGACGACGUGGCCUUCAUCCCCAAUGACGUGUCCUUCACCCGGAGCAAGGAGACUUUCCACAUCAUCACAGGUCCUAACAUGGGGGGCAAGUCCACCUACAUCCGUCAGGUAGGAGUGAUCGUGCUGAUGGCACAGAUCGGCUGCUUUGUGCCGUGUGAGGAGGCGGAGGUGAGCGUUGUGGACUGCGUGUUGGCACGUGUGGGUGCUGGAGACAGUCAGAUCAAGGGCGUGUCCACCUUCAUGGCUGAGAUGCUGGAGACGGCGGCCAUCCUUCGCUCAGCCACGGAAGACUCCCUCAUCAUCAUUGACGAGCUGGGCCGGGGCACGUCCACGUAUGAUGGCUUUGGCCUGGCCUGGGCCAUCUCUGAGCACAUUGCCACCGAGCUGCGCUCCUUCUGCCUGUUUGCCACGCACUUCCAUGAGCUGACCGCACUGGCCCAGCAGUUGCCCAAUGUCCACAACCUGCAUGUCACUGCACUGACCACCCACGACACACUCACCAUGCUCUACAGGGUCAAGAAAGGUGUGUGUGAUCAGAGCUUUGGGAUCCAUGUGGCGGAACUGGCCAACUUCCCUCCACAUGUGAUCGCCAGCGCGCGGGAGAAAGCCCUGGAGUUGGAGGAGUUCCAGGACCUCUCCCCUCAGGAGGCUGGUGACUCUGAGGGUCCGGAGGCCAAGAGGCGCUGCCUCCAGAAACAGGAGGGGGAGCGUCUGAUCGAGGGUUUCCUGGCACAGGUGAAGGCCCUGCCCCUAGAGGGCUUGACUGAGGAGGCUGUCAAGCAACGACUGUGUGAACUCAAGACUGAGCUCAAAGCCCACAAUAACAGCUUUGUCAACGAGAUUGUGCAUCGGGCUUCUUCCAGCAAGAUGGUCUCCACUUGAGGGUCAGAUGCUUCUGCCUUCACAUGUUUGCCCUCCCCUGUAUAGCAGUUACAACCUUUCGUCUACAUUAGAUAUGACAUUAGUGAUAUUGUUUUUAGUUUUAGGAAUGUCUUUCAUUUGUCUUUUUUCCAUGUUUGUGUAUAUCCUUUUUUUUCAUGAGUAAAUAUUUUCUUCAACA